AUGUGGCUGCUAGAAAACGAAGAGGCCUUUGAAGGCCGUCGACUAUGGCUGCGUCCGGGCAAAACGUACCUCUUUGGGAGGACUGCAGCAGAGCCUGGACAGCUUGCAAUCUCACAUAAUACCAUCUCGCGCAAACACCUGACAAUCACCGUCCAAAGCGUCGCAGAGGGGCAUGCACAUAAUCUAUCGAGCCGGUCACACAUUAAGAUUGAGGAUCUGGCGACAAAGAUAGGGACAAUUGUCAACGGACAAAAAAUUAAAGGAAGCAUUUAUGAUACCCAAGUUGAAGAGUACGAGAUCAUACUGGGCAAGAGUCCCAGCAAAUUCAGGCUAAAAUGGCAUCCAGCAGUCUUUACUUUCUCCUUCACGACCAAAGAGCUACAGACUCAGCCCUUGACAUCCCUCAAAGAACGAUUUGAGCAGUUAGAUAUCAAGCUGCUGACCGACUACAGCGUCAAACACACGACGCACGUCAUAUCGAAGAAGCGAAAUACGGCCAAAGGCCUACAGGCUCUCAUAAAUGGCAAAUACAUUGUGACUGAAACCUUUCUCGACGCAAUCUCCUCUGUCACAGAGCCGCCAGACGACGGAGAUGGGCAAGAAUCGAGCUAUUUGGAAAGGGACUUUGACGAAUAUUGGCCCAAGGCCAUGGAACAUCUGCCUCCGCGAGGUAAUGAACCAAUACAGCAUCCAGAUGAGCUAUAUACGCCAGAUGACAGUAGGAAAGACGUAUUUGAAGGAUAUACUUUUAUAUUCUACAGUCAGCUGCAGUACGAUAACCUUAUGGCACCCAUUACCAAUGGCGGUGGGAAGGCCAUGCUGCACCCCAUCGAGCCAGAGGAGACACAAGUUGAUGACUUUGUCCGAUAUGUAAAGGGAGUUGCCGGAGAGAAAGGAACAGGGUCAUUUAAUGAUGGUAGCGAAGGUAAAGGGGUUGUCCUCGUGAGAUUUCUCCCGGCCAAAGGAGAGCUUGUUGGCUGGUAUACCGAGUUCAUCACCGCAGUAUCACUGUUAUUGGACCACAGACCCAUUGAGCAAAAUGAAUUCCUAGAAGCAAUUUUAAUCAACGAUGCAAGCAAAUUACGACGACCUUUGGAAGUCGAAUCGUCAAACAGGUCUCAAAAUUCACGGCCUGCUGAGGCUUCUUUACAAGAACCCAUGGCUCAACAGAGCAGGGCCAGCAUAACAGAAUCACCGAUACUGACGGAACCAUCGCAACAAGAAGACUCCCAGCCAAUCCCAAGGCGAGGGGGUAGAAUGCGGAAACCUGUCAAGAGGCGAUUCGCGGGCUUCGAUGAUGACGAUGAUAUAGCAACAGAUGAACCCCCGCCUCCUCCCUUUGAGCCGGCGAAGCAUCAGACGUUACCGCAUGAGGAUGAGGGUGGGUUAUUUGUCUCACAAGAGCCAGAUGAACCUUUCAUGCCUGACGGCCAGGAUGUCCAAGUUCGAUCCCACAGAAAGAGACCGCCAUCGCCCAUACCAGAAAGUGAUUUGAUGGAAGGCUUGGCACCGUCUGUGGCAAAGUUCAAGCGGCAACGUCUUGAGAGGGGUGACAAUUUUGCCGCACCAUCGCCCCAACCUGAUGAAGAUGUGGUCGAAGCGGCAGAGACCAAGGGUGCAAAAAAGAAAGUGAAGGAAGAAUUAGAUGUUCUAGCAGUUGUCGCCAAGAAUCGCGAAGAGGCGGAAGCUCGAGCUCGAGCCGAGGCUGAGGACUUGGCAAACUUACCGGAAGGUAUUGACUUGGCUGAGAUUCGCCGGCUCAAUAUUGUCGAAGAGGUGGAGGUCCGUAUCCCGGACAGAGCGUCGGGAAGGGACAAAGAGCAGGAAGUCGCAGACGGACGAUGGAAUCCUAAAUGGAAUGGCAUGAAGAACUUCAAGAAAUUUCGCAAGAGAGGGGAAGUGGUGGGCAGGCAACCUGCAAGGGUGAUAAUCGCCCUUACUGAAGUCAAACCCAAAGAAUUUGGAGUUGGCGAUAACUACUGGCUGGAAGAUGAGAGCAAUGACCGCAAGAAGACUACGAGCCAGCCAUCUGCCGUUGUCGCCAGUGAGGCAAGGAACUCUCCCUUUAUGGAUGCACCGCCGACAAGGCGCGGUGCCUCCUCCGCACGAGUCAUCGAUUCAGAGAGUAGCGACAUGGAGGAGAUGGAAGCACCAGAGUCAGAGCAGCCAUCCUCUAGAGCCACGGGAUCGAGAAGGGAUGGGGCUAGUGCUCCAUCGCAGAAGAGCACUAGACAGACUCAGCUCUCGAGCGCACAAUCACGCUCAACCAGCCAGGGGAAGAGGGCGGCGACGGAACCUGCGGCAGCUAAAGACCCGCCUCCGCCGAAACGGACGAGAAUGGCGACAACCCUACUGGAGGUUGGAGACAGUGACGACAGUGACGACGACCUUAAGUUUAGGUUUGGCAAGAGGCGGUAA